AUGACCGCUUCCCUCGGCUCUGCGCUCUCCAUCCCUCACCACAGCCCCGGUAAGACCCAUGAAUUAUCUCUCCCCAGGAACCCAUCCUACUGCUCCUGCCUAGCCUCGAACAAUAGACUCCACCCGUCUCGGAGGUCCCGUCUUGUCAGCAAUGGCAGCAUCCUCGGACGAGUUGGCGCAGUCUUCAGAGGGAACCUGUCGGAGGCUCCUUCACGGACGAAAAACUACGAGGUAUCCGAAACCUGCUUCUGGAGAAUUUUCUCCGUAGACAAUGUAAUGUGCCCUCUGUUUAUUGAUUCAUCAAUCCAACUUCGGCUAGUAUAUAUAUGCUUAUCAGUUAACGCUGACUUGAUACGCUCCACGACUGCAGUGCCUGUUUUAUUACCGCGGCUGUUAAUAAUCAAGACCUGAUGGUUAGGUUAUGUGAUAAGCUUGAUUCACUUUAUGGGGAUAAGGCUAAUGAUAGGUUGAUAGCUCAAAUUUUGAAUUGGUAGCGGAGAAAUUGGGUCAGGGAACGGAUUAAUAUUGUUUACAUUGAGGAUUCUCCGGCGUAUAUUUUACUAACCUGGACUUGGAUUCCAAUCCGGCCGAUUCUGACAAUCAGGGUUAUAUUGAAGAACAGCAGUUGGACUCGUGUGAGUCAUCUCUAUACGGUCAUCGUUCAGUACCUGAAACUGUGUAAGGUUUAGAAAACGGAUUUCAUGAAAUGGUUCUAGAGAUAUGUCUUCAGUUUUUUCAUUUUUUUAUAUUCCUAGUGGACCAAUUUCCUUUAGAGAUAGGACUCUAAAGGCACAAGAGGAUCUUUUGGAAUUGUUAUUAUUAUUCACCUUAACGUGCCACUAGUUGUGCCUGUGAGAUAUGCAAAAGAGAAUUCCGAAAUGAAAACUCACAGGAGGAAACUGCUAAGCCGUUGCCUUUUAGUGCGCAAUGGAUGUUGGAGAAUCAUCAUGCACGGUGGUCUUUCCAGCUUUCUGUCAUGAGAUUGAAGCAAAGUAAUUUCUUGUGAGUUUGGGAUAUUCCAUUUAUUUCUCGUUUUUGUUUUUGUUGUCGUUCCAGAAUGACAUGACAUAGGCCCAGGUCAGCCCACAAAUUUUACUCCAUGGAAUCAGUAUCCAAAGAUUUUACUUAUUCUAUCCAUGUAAUUAUCGAACUAGACAUAAUGUUUUGGACAGUUCUCUGACGGUGGCGCAGAAGUGGAGCUGAGGCUGGAUCUCAUGGCAACCAAUGCGCAAAGCUUCAGAGAUGUUUCGGUUGAUGUGGAUGCAUCCUCCUUGAUAGUCAGAGUUCAAACCUCUGCUUCUCUUACUACCGUAUUUGAAGCCCACCUUCUAUACGAUAAGAUAAAGCCCUCCGAAACAAUAUGGUUGGUAGCUAGUGCGCCCUAUUUUCUCGUUAAUUGUUGAUAUUUUUCUGCAGUUUUACCCUGAGGAGUUGUCUCAUUCACAGGUUUGUAGACGAGGAGCAGCUGGUAGUGAAUUUGAAGAAGUAUGAUGUAGAUCUGCAGUGGCCCGAUAUUGUGGAAACUUGGGGAUCUCUUACCGCUGGAGUUCCAAAGCUUCUGAAAGGAGCAUCGAUUUACAUUGUCGGAGAAUCCACGGAGAUAAACAACGACGUUGCUGCAGUACUGGCCGAUGGUAUUGGGUAUGAACCCCAUUCUUUCAUUCCAUGUUCCUAUUAGACAGGAUUGGUCCUCCACGCUUUCAAAGAUUUUAAUUCAGACUAUAUUUUUAAGUUAAAUCUUCCAUGAUCACUCGUGUAGAGUCAUGGUGAUUAAUGGCCAUAUUUCUUUGGUCGCCUUACAGAUUAAUAGGCAGAUCUAAAUUUCAUUGAUCCAUAUUUCUUUGGUUGCUUUACCUUUUGGUUAUUUACUAUCCUACCGAUUUCAUCGUAAAAGUGUGCAAAAUAAUCUGAUUUUUCGCAUAUCCUUCCUCUUCUAAUUUAUUAAAUUUGAACUGUUCUUCUAAUUUAUUAAUCUGAUGUUUCACGUUUGAUAUUCAAUUUCCAUGGUGUAUCGCUUCUCUCAGACUAUUUUCACAUACUGUCGAUGGUGUGAAAGUUGACUUCUGACGUAAAUCCUUCCAAAUUGUAAGCAUUUAGUUUUCCUUUGUCGGUGGGAUGGAUAUUCACAACCAUUUUCUGCCUGAACUUCCUGUUAAGGUUUGUGAUCAUCUCCUUAUCAAUUCUAGCAACAAUCACAGCAUUCUGAACUUCGAUCAAAUCUUUUUAUUGAUCACAACCAAACCAAUCCUCAGACUUCUUCGAUCCUCCCAUCUUGAUCCAAUCCUCAGACUUCUUAUUUUAUGAAAGCAAGCUUAAAAGAGUGUUUCUGGAAAAAAAAAAAAAAAAUCGUAGUCAUAAUUACUCAAAACAAGGGUAGAGCAAAAGGAUAAUGGUCUUGAAUUCACAGUAGAGAAUAUAAUUACAUGGUCAAAUUUGACUCUGGGUCUCGACUGAUCUUAAAUGGUGGAAAUCCGUAUCUGUAAAUCAAUCCCAUUGUAUCUCUAUACCAUAUUCAUAAAUCUGAUGCGUACGAAACCCAUAGGCUUGGGUAAAGUCAAAUAAAUCGAUCUGACUAUUCAUGUCAACGUGCUGCUCUACUGUGGUUUCAAUAUUCUCGAAAAAUUUAAUGCAUCAUAUCUUAUGCUAGUUGAGCCUAAAUAGUUCUCGCUAUCGGAGGUUCUCUAUCCGACUGAAAAUGCUAAUCUCCCUGAAAAAUGGUUUUAUGCCAAUCUGCUGAAUCACUAUUCACAUAUGAUGCACUUUGAUGCGUGUGGCUCUGCAGAUACACUCCGCUAAGCACCGGUCAACUCCUGGAGAAGUAUGCUCAGCAAUCCAUUGAUUCAUGUACGCUUCCUUCCCCCUCUGGCGCCAGUUGCACUUACUGCUGUUCUCCGGUUGCUGUCAAACCUUGUACAUGCAAUGAUUGUGCAUGGCAACUAAUUUUGGCACGAUUUCAGAGCAUUGAUCUUUCCCACGACGCCACUGCUUUCGGCAUAGACGCCUUUGGUCUCAUGGGACCCACCCGAUUACGAGUCUCUCUUCGUGGCUGAUCUUGCAGUUCGUUGACAAGCGUAUUAAUCAAUUCCAGGGGUCAACGCUGAGGGGGAAGACUCUGUUGCCGAAGCAGAGUGUGCUGUGAUAGAGGGUCUCAGCAGGUUGUGACUAUUAUUAGGACAUAUUUUCAUCGCAGUUGCCUUUUAUUGCACGGGCGCUGAAUAACACUGUUCACCAGUCACGUCCGUGCUGUGGUCGCCACACUAGGAGGGCAGCAGGGAGCUGCUAGAAGAGCCGACCAAUGGCGGCAUCUCUAUGCUGGAUUUACCGUGUGGCUGUCGCAGACUGAAGCUAGCGGUGAGCGCCUCUUGCCGGGUUUUAAGCAUCAACCAUGGGGAUCUUCAUGUCCUCCUGCAUUCAACAGCCCCUCUGUUCUUGCCUUCACUUCAUGUGGGCGGGGGGGUUGACUUUAUUGGCUGACUUUGUGCACGCGAGCAGAUGAAGCUUCAGCGAAGGAUGAGGCAAGGCGGCACGUACAGAGCGGACAAUGGGGCUACUCAAACGCCGAUUUGGUGAUCAAGUUCGCAGGUUGGGAACCAGGCUGUGGUCAGCCCAUUGCUCAGGCUAGUCUCAGCGCCCUCAAACAGUUGAUUCUUUCAGAUAAGCAACUACCAGGUACGCCCACGCGCCUCCUCUCACUUUUUAGCCCAAUUUAGUGUGUUUUGACUUUACUCAGUUUAUGCAUGUGGAUACAAGAGUUUACUUCUCUAUUAGUUGACUUUCCGGUUCUUGUUCCUUUUUGACUCAUUCAAGAGAAGAAGAGUCUUUACAUAAGGCUAGGUUGCCGCGGGGACUGGCCCAACAUCAAGCCUCCCGGCUGGGACCCUUCAAGCGGAGCAGAUGCCCCACCGGUGCUCUGA